AUGAUCACGGAAGUGAAUUGUAGCAGCAAACGGCCGGGGGGCAGCACCUGCAGCAGCUCAAAGAAUGUAGAAAAAUUGGGUUGUAGUCGGUUGAAUGAUACGGAUGACCGAUUGCAUGAAGAGGAAGACGCCAUAAUGAGUAUGAAAGGAGUUCAAUUCAGCGAGGAUUGGUAUUUGGACUCAGGUUGUUCAACUCAUAUGACAGGAAGAAAGGAUUGGUUUGUCAAAACAAAUCAUGCCAUGAAGAACAAAGUAAAGUUUUCGAAUGACACCACUCUAAUGGUCGACAGUAUCGGUGAUGUUUUGAUCAUGAGAAAGGAUGAUGGACAUUCCUUGAUCAAAGAUGUCUUGUAUAUUUCGGGAAUUAAAUGUAACCUUAUAAGUAUUGGUCAAUUACUUGAGAAGGGUUACAAGAUUCAUAUGGAAAACAAGGGACUGUGUGUUUUGGAUGAAAAUAGAGUUUUGGUCCUUAAAUAA